AUGAAGCUUCUCAUCCUGGCCUCCUUUGCCAUCUGCUGCCUCACUGCCUACGUCGUGGAAGGUGUGGGGAGUGAAGUUCCACAUAUGAACAGCUGUAUGAUUCUACAUACCAGGCCGAUACCAGUCAAUAAAAUCAAGACCUAUGUUAUCAAAGAGGGACCCAUGAGAGCCAUGAUCUUGGUCACCAAACGUGGCUUUAAAUUCUGUGCUGACCCAGAAGCCAGUUGGGUAAAAGCUGCAGUUGAAAAAAUGGAUAAGAAGUCCACAAGCAGAAGAAACAUGCUCCAGACCAGCCCAACAGGAGACCAACGAUCCACCAACACUGCAGUGACCAUGACUGCGUGA